CGGGGCGGAAGUGAGGGGGCGGUGGCGGCGGAAGUGGCUGCGCGCGUCGGGGGCUCAAGAUGAAUUCCAGAGGUGCUGCUUCUCUGUUGAAGGAUAGUAUCUCAUUUACAGAUGUUUCAGCUGCAGGGCUGUUUGAAGGUCAUGAUCUUCUGCGCAGGGGCUUUACAAGUGUGAAAAAUGAAUUGUUGCCCAGCCACCCACUGGAGUUGACAGAAAAGAAUUUCCAGUUAAAUCAAGAUAAAACAAACUUUGCCACACUGAGAAACAUCCAAGGAAUCCAUGCACCUUUGAAGCUGCAGAUGGAAUUCAGAGCAGUGAAACAGGUCCAGCGUCUGCCAUUUCUUCACAGCUCAAACAUGUCAAUGGAUAUUUUGAGGGGAAAUGAUGAAUGCAUUGGUUUUGAGGAUAUCCUUAAUGAUCCUUCCCAGAGUGAGGUUAUGGGAGAGCCACACAUGAUGAUGGAGCACAAGCUUGGUUUAUUGUAACAAAAUAUACUUCAGAAAAAUGUUUUGUGUGUGUCUUUCUAGUGCAGAUCUAAGUACAUGGUACUAAAUUGACACUCACAGUGUUAAGCAAGCAGACCUAGUUAUCACUUGCCUUCCUUAAUGAAAAGGCACAUUAAAUGUUUAAUGUCUCUAAAUUGUUCUGUGCUUGUUUCCAAUCAUACAUAUGUCCUGUAACUAGGUAGUUUAAAUAAUGCCUUUUCAUAAACUGCUCAGGACAAUAGCUUCUCAAAUAUGGAAAUGCUGUAUAUGUAUACAAGAAAUUCAAAAAUACCCAGGCAUUUUAGAACUGACUACUGUGGUAAAUGCAUUUAAUAGGGGAAGAGGAAGGUAUUUUCCGUUGCAUAACUCUUUGUUCAUGAAAAUUUCCAUACACUUUUUAAACUAUUGAAUAAAAGUUUGCUAUAAAUGCUGUUGCGUUUCAAAAUAUAUUUAAUCCUAAAUCAAGAAUUUCUUAUCCA